AUGAAAACCAAGGUGGAGAGUAGUAAAGGGAACGACGUGGUGGAAAUGGAGAAGCUGAAGACGCGGCUGCAGGAAGUGGAAGAGGCAAUUGUGCAGCUAGCAGAGGCUAACGACCAGCUGAGGAAGGACGUCUGUGGCGGCGUCGUGUCGUCUCCUGAAGAGAUGAUGGUUAAAGCGCAGAGCAACGGGGUGACGGAGCAGGCGAGGAAGUGUUCGGAGAAGAUUGGGAGCUUGGAGUUCGAAGUGCAGAACAUUCAGUACGUUCUGCUGAAGCUUGAUGAGAAGAGUGGGGAGACGAAGAAGAAGAGUAAUGUGCAGCAUAUGUUGUAUGGGAGUAAGACGGGUGUUCUAUUGUGGGAUUUUAUCAGCAGUGCUGGGAAACGGAGGAGUUUGAGGAGAAGGAAGAAGGGGUGUUUCUGUGGUUGUUGGAGACCGGCCGCCAUUGAAGAGGCAUGA